AUGAGCGACCCCGUUGACGUGGCUGAGAUUGCCAAAUCUAAGGCAGCCUCACAUGAGAUCGGUAUUGACGAGAAGAAGGAACUACAGAUCAAUGAGGGACCCGUCAACAAUGACUCUCUUGAGUCUUCCGACGACACUGUAGACAGGGUUUAUCCCACCUUGGAGGAGAUGGACCAACUGCGCCGUGUCUCCGACAACAUUCCCUGGGCCGCAUUCACUGUCGCCUUUGUGGAGCUGUGCGAGCGUUUCUCCUACUACGGUACCACCGCUGUUUUCGUCAAUUUCAUUCAGCGACCUUUGCCACCCCAAUCCACCACUGGAGCCCUCGUUAAAGGCGUUUCUGAUUUCAGCAAUGGUGUACCUGGAGCUUUGGGCAUGGGCCAACAGGCGUCUACUGGACUGACAUUGUUUAACCAGUUCUGGUCUUAUGUCAUGCCUCUUUUGGGUGCCGUCAUGGCUGAUCAAUAUUGGGGACGUUUCCGUACCAUCUUCGUGGCCAGUGCAUUCUCAAUCGUCGGACAUAUCCUCCUUAUCAUUGCUGCUAUUCCUACAGUCAUCCAGCACCCGAACGCAGCCAUCGGCGUUUUCUCUGUUGGUCUUAUCAUCAUGGGUAUGGGAACUGGUGGUUUCAAGGCCAAUAUUUCUCCCCUUAUCGCAGAACAAUACCGUGAGGACAAGGCUUUUAUCAGGGUUCUACCUUCCGGUGAGCGUGUCAUCGUUGACCCGACUGCCACGGUUGCCCGUAUCUAUCUGUACUUCUACAUGAUGGUCAACGCCGGUGCUCUUAUGGGCCAGAUUUCCAUGGCCUACGCCGAGCGUUAUGUUGGCUUCUACCUGUCAUUCCUUCUCCCCACCAUCAUGUACAUUUUCUGCCCUCUGGUGCUCUUCCUCUGCAAGAAGCAAUACCGCUUGACUCCUCCCAGUGGAUCGACUUACACCAAGGCAUUCAAGCUGUGGAAGCUGGCUAUGCACGGUCACUGGCACUGGAACCCCGUGCGGUGGUUCCAGAGCUCCGACCCUGACCACAACAUGUGGUCCGUUGUCAAACCUAGCUAUCUUGGCAACAGCAAGCCCGCCUGGAUGGACUUCGAUGAUGCCUGGGUUGAUGAAGUCCGACGUGGAUUGCUUGCCUGUAGAGUGUUCCUAUGGUACCCUCUUUACUGGCUUGCCUACAACCAGAUGCUGAACAACUUGACCUCACAAGCCGCUACUAUGAAGCUCGGAGGUGUUCCCAACGAUAUCAUCAACAACCUGAACCCCUUUGCCCUAAUCAUCUUCAUCCCCAUCUUCGAUCACGUCAUCUACCCGGGUUUGCGCAAGAUGGGAAUCAACUUUUCGCCUUUGAAACGUAUCACCGCCGGCUUUGUCAUGGCCUCCCUCAGUAUGGUCGUCGCUGCGGUCACUCAACACUACAUCUACAAGCUUGGACCUUGCGGCGAUGAAGCCAACAGAUGUCUUGAAGAGGAGGGUAAAUUCACGAACAUCUCCGUUUGGAUCCAGGCCCUAACCUACAUCAUGGGUGGUAUUUCUGAGAUCUUGGCGUCCGUGACCUCCCUCGAGUACGCCUACACCAAGGCCCCCAAGAACAUGCGUUCCAUUGUCCAGGCUGUGUGCAUGUUGAUGAACGCCUUCUCCUCGGCUCUCGGACAGGCAUUCACCGGCCUUAUCAAGGAUCCUCUAUUGAUUUGGAACUACACCAUCGUUGCCAUCCUUGCCUUCAUUGGUGCCGUUGGGUUCUGGCUCACCAACUACAAGUUGGAUGCCGAGGAGGACAGCAUGAACAUGUUGCCGGACAGCCAAUACAACACCCGACCGACUCCUGAUGAGGAGAAGUAA